AAAAUUUGUUGCAAGAAGGGGAAAGACGUUUUCUGACAGUCGGUCCGUUAUAGUAACUUUUCUCCGGUGGAUGUUGUUCGAAAGUCGAUUGCUUACCAACAAUGAAAAUAUUGACUAGGGGUUUAAACAAUAUUGAUAGGUUGAAAGAAAAAGUACCUGUAGUAUGAGCCACGACUAAUAUUUAAUCACGAAGCGAAAAAGUGAUUCGGUGGUUACCAUAGGAAAAGAAAGAAAGUGUUUUUCUUUUUGUUAUUGAACGCCACCUGAGAUCACUCCUGCGGUGAAAAGCAAAAGUGAAACUGGAUAGUAAUUUGUAAUGCAGCAACAGUAGGCUAGGCUGUGCUCACUUCAAAAUAAAACAAUGCAGUAGUUAUAAGCUGUUCGUAUAGCAAGCGAAGCCAGCCUGGGAGAUUAUCAGAACGUAACGAAGUCACUGAACUCGGCUCUACGAAUAGUUUAUUCCGUGUGACCGGUAGCGGUACACCGGGUGUAAUGGCAUUCGACAGAGAAACAUUCAAGUGAAAUCUGCUUGUAUCACCGUCGCAUGCAUAAGACUCUGAGAUGCAAUUAUAAAACAAAACAAAAAACAACACUUUUGUAAUUGUAACAACUACAGAAUUCGUGCUGCCGACCGUGCCAUAAUCCAGUGUGACCUACAGACCCGAAAUAACCGGAUUAAAGCAGACACCGGCAAGGGGCCACUAGCUAUGAUAUUUCGGAAUUUCCUGGUCUUUACCCAGCAGCUAAGCGUAAAAAGCAGGUUUGUUUCGUGACGAACAAUUCGAUCUCUAAGAAACUUUGCCCGGAUCUCAGCACGACGUUAUGAGAUACAGAAGAAGUCAUCCGUCAUCGACAUAGAAAAGGGACAGGUGGAAACUGAAAAUGGCAAAUCGCGCUAUCUCUCAUCGCCGGCGACGUCACCAGCGUUUUCAGCAGAAACGAUAGACGCAACGAGGGCUACUACCCCGAGCGGCAGUCCACAUUCAACCAGCGACCGCGUCGGAUUGGUGUUUCUGUACGUGAUUCAGUUCGUGUGUUUUGGUGCUUCGAUCGCGGGCAUAGUUCUCAUCUGGUACUACAUGGGUUGGGAGUUCGGAUUACCAGCGAUCCUGAUCGCAUUGCUGGCCGUACUGAUUGCCAGUGGAAAAUGGCGCUGGCUGUACAUCGCGGCCGUGACGGUGCCGCGUGACGCAAAAGCACUGAUACGUUACAUCAAACUGCAGGGAUUGGUCAAGAAAUAUGCCCGACAGAACUCCAGCAUCGCUGAGAUCUUUGCCGAAUAUGUCGCCAAACAACCGGAGAAGGCUUGCUUUAUCUUCGAGGGAAAGGAAUGGACUUUCAGAGAGGUCAGCGACUACUCUAAUCGGGUAGCAAACGUAUUCCACACGCACGGUUACAAACAUGGCGACAUUGUAGGUUUACUGCUGGAGAAUCGACCCGAGUUCGUAGCCACCUGGUUGGGUCUUUCGAAACUGGGAAUAGUCAUUCCAUUGAUCAACAACAAUCUACGGAAGAAUACUUUGCUGCACAGUAUCACCGUGGCCAAGUGCAACGCUCUUUUGUAUGGUCAAAGCCUGUGCGACGCGGUUUCCGAAAUCAGCGAUUCACUUCCGGCGUCUAUUGCUCUGUACCAGCUAAACGACACCGUCCAGGAAGCGGUGUUGCCUAACUCGAAGGAUAUGGCAACGUUGUUACAGUCCGCUUCGAAGGAGCAACCGACUUCCGGUGUCAAGAAACCCGACCACCAUGAUCGACUGGUGUACAUCUACACAUCCGGUACGACCGGACUGCCGAAGGCUGCCGUCAUUACACACGCGAGAUUCGUAUUCAUUACGGCAGCUAUUCGCAUCAUGUCAGGUUUCCGGAGUAGUGACAUCUUCUACACUCCUCUUCCGCUGUAUCACACCGCCGGCGGUUUGAUGUCUUGCGGACAGGCGCUACUGUUUGGGGGAACCGUUGUGAUAAGGAAGAAAUUCUCUGCGUCUCAAUACUUUGUUGAUUGCCAAAAGUACAAUUGCACGGUCGGUCAAUAUAUCGGUGAAAUGUGCCGUUACAUCCUGGCCACACCGGCUUCUCCUGCUGACAAGGGACACAAAGUAAGAGUCAUAUUCGGAAAUGGAUUACGACCGCAGAUUUGGCCGCAGUUUGUUGAAAGGUUCAACAUUCCGCAAGUUGCCGAGUUCUACGGGGCUACGGAAGGCAACGCAAAUAUUUCUAACAUGGACAACACGAUGGGUGCAAUCGGUUUCGUAUCCCGUAUCAUUCCAACCGUCUACCCGAUCUCCAUCAUUCGAGCAGAUCCGUUAACUGGGGAACCGAUCCGAGGCAAGGACGGUUUAUGUCAGCUGUGCAAACCAAAUGAACCGGGCGUAUUCAUCGGGAAAAUCAUUCCUAACAACCCAAGUCGUGCGUUCCUGGGCUAUGUGGAUAAAGUCGCUUCAGAGAAAAAAAUUGUUCGGGAUAUUUUUCACAAGGGAGAUUCAGCUUUCCUGUCGGGUGAUCUUCUAUCCGCCGAUGAACGAGGAUAUUUGUUUUUCGUUGAUCGUACCGGCGAUACAUUUCGGUGGAAGGGAGAAAACGUUUCAACCAGCGAAGUGGAAGCCGAGGUCAGUAACGCGUCCGGCUAUCGAGAUACUGUCGUGUAUGGCGUUGAGGUUCCCAACAUGGAAGGUCGAGCGGGAAUGGCGGCUAUUUUGGAUCCCGAUCGUCAAGUAGACCUAGUUAAACUGGCAUCAACUCUGAAGGAAACUUUGCCUUCCUACGCUAGACCACUAUUUGUACGUCUUCUUACCAAAGUGGAUAUGACCGGAACAUAUAAGCUGAAAAAGAUUGAUCUGCAGAAGGAAGAAUUCGAUCCAAAUGUAGUCGAGGAUGCUAUAUACUAUCUAUCACCGAAAGGAAACUAUGAAAGUCUCACCAAGGAAGUGUUCGAACAGAUUAAACGAGGUGAAAUCCGAUUCUAGACUGUGAAGCACACAUGGCAAACCCCUCUGUUGAUACUUCCCUUUCCAUUCCUAUCAAAUUCUCCCAAAUCGAUUUGGUUUUAGUUCUUCUCUUCAGAUCAACUGUGAUAUUGAGCGAAAGUGAGCGAAGCAAGCAAGCCUUGCUCGAUUUCGUUUAUUCUUUCAAGACAUCCGAUCUAUGUAAGAGCAAUAGUUAGCAAGUGGUUGUUGGAUUUGUUGGUUAGAUGCGUAUCAUGUGCUAAUAACAUUUAUUGUUUAGUGUUCGCGUUUCACAGGGAAGUUAUACUAAUUGACUGAAGUAAAUAUCUGUGCCGGCGAUAUCAAUUGUUAAUGUAAAUACAAAAAGAAGGAGGCUGGGAAGGGGACCGAAAUGCUUAGGAGAAGAAAGGUCUUUUUUUAAAAAUAGUUUAUGUAUGUAUGUCUGAUAAAUGUGUUUUUUUCCUAUCUAGAGCAGAUUCCAAUGUGUAGCUAGACAAUAUUGCAUUUAAGUUGAAAAUAUAUAUAUUAAUUGGAUAUAUAUAGAUGGAAUAAAUUGAUUACAUUCAUAUAAA